AUGUGGGGAACCGCGAUCUUGCCGCUCGUUGUCUUGGCCGCUCUGCCAAGUGCCAAUGCCAUCAUUUUACACAAGCGAGACGAUCCCGCAGUGUUAGCACUCCCAAUUGCCCGUAGUGAACGGUCUCAAUCGCUGCAGAAACGCAGCUCCAAAAUCGCCAGCACAGCUUUAUAUAAUGUGGAAAAUAUGUAUUAUAUGGUGAACAUCACCAUCGGCACGCCGGCUCAGAAUCUCUCCCUCAGUCUCGACAUCGGUAGCAGUGAUAUCUGGGUUAAUGUCCCAAAUUCCACAUACUGUGCAGCAGAUGAUGAUCCCUGCUCCUCGACCGGCUUGUUCAAUCUUGAAGACUCCUCCACCUUUGAAUUGUUAGAUUAUGAAAUGAACGCCACCUAUGUUAGUGGAUUCUUGGCUGCAGGUCCCUACGCCACCGACACGCUGGUGAUUGGAGGCGCCGAGGUAAAAAAUAUGGAGUUUGCGUUGGCCGAAGAAAGUCGCAAUCCCCAUGGUAUUCUGGGAAUUGGAUAUGCGGUAAAUACUGAUGCCGCCACCGCUGAUGGCGAAGAAUACGCCAACCUCCCCGAAGCGCUGGUCAAGAGUGGUGCCAUCAAGUCGGCCGCCUAUAGCCUGUGGUUAAAUAAAUUUGAUGGCACUGGAAACCUUCUCUUCGGAGGUGUCAACAAAGCAAGAUAUGAAGGCGAGCUGCAAACUGUGCCUGUUUUGAAGGUAAAUGACAAUUACUAUUCUCUUGAAAUCGCCUUAACAGAUAUUUCUGUGAAGAGCACCAAGAGCACCAAGAGCUAUGCGACUGGUCUUCCCUUGGCCGUCACCCUAGACAAUGGCAGCCCUUAUAUCGUGCUGCCCAAAGAGUUAGUGGAACCCAUCCACGAAGCAGUCGGCGCAGGAUAUUCCUCAACUGCCGGCGCCGCCUAUAUCCCCUGUAAUAUGUCCUCAGCCGACUAUAAUGUGACCUUUAGCUUUUCUGGCGCUAAGGUCACUGUCCCCAUCAGCGAACUGGUGUUUGAAGAUUACACAGAAGUCGGUUUCCCAUCCGGUGACUGCAUCUUCGGGCUUUCCUAUAGUGAAGCCGGAGUGAAUCUGAUGGGUGACCCGUUCUUGCGCGGCGCAUAUGUGGUAUACGAUCUCGCCAACAACGAGAUUUCCCUCGCAAAUACCAACUACAACGGAGGAGAUGAUGAUAUUCUUGAGAUCGGUACGGGCACAGCUGCCGUGCCUGGCGCGACGCUGAUGCCCUCUGCAGUCACCUCGGCCACGGGUAAUGGGAGCAGUGGAAGCACCGCCGCGCCGAGCAGUGAAACCGCAGUCUCAAACUCAUCGGGGUCUGAAUCGGGAGAAAUCGCAGCAUCUGUCACUGGUACUGCGACUGGAAAUGCUAAGACUGGUGGCGCUUCUAGUACCCCCUCCAAGGGAUUGGCAUUGCCCACUAGCAAGCCGACCCAUCUUCUGCCCGGUGUCUUGGGCGCUGGCUUGCUACUAGCAUUGUAG